AAUGAACAGCACUGACGAAGAAUCAGUUAACGCUUUCGUAAAAUACACUGAUAAAGAAAUGGUAGAUGCUAAGAAAUACCUCGAUGCUCAGCAAAAACAAAGGGAAGAACAGUACCAAAAGGACGUGCAAAGGCUUAAAGAACUCAAGGAAUCCGUCCCUGAAAGACAACUACAGAAGUUCUUACCAAAAGACCUCUUCAAAUUCACUGAUGAACUUAGCAACCGCCUCGAUUCUGAACUUAACCAGGUCAUCUCUGAUUUCAAGAACAAGCAUUCAAAAACUCAGAAGCAGAAAGAGGAUGAGGAGAGGUACCUGAAAGAGCUUGAGGUCGAGCAGAGAUUAUUAGAGCAAGAUUCUUGUGCCAGUAAGCCUCGAUGUGAUGAAGCUCUGCGUGAUAGCAUCAGCCAGCAACAGAAAGUGAGGAAAUUCAUGGUGGAUGAAGUUGAGAUUGAUCAAAAGCAAACUGCUGGAAAAUAAAAUAUUAGAUAAAGAAGACAUAAUUACUUUCGAGCUUCUUCAAAGAGGUGAAAUUGAUUCUGAAAUCAGCGGAAUUGUCUUUCCUGACAAAGACAAAGAUGAGUAUGGCAGCAGGCCUCCUAAGAAGACUUCCCUAGACAGUGAUUUCCAAAACCUCGACUCUGACGAGGAAAGUGUUUUCAACUGCUACUGGGAAGAAUUUGAGCAGAGAGAAAUCAAGAGAAGAGAGCGAAGCCUUCAGGUGCUUCAUGAUCCAAUGAUGUUACUUGAAAAGUUAAAAUCUUACUCAAAAAAUAUGUACAAGAACUUAUCUCCAGAUGACAAGACCCAACUUAUGAACCAAAUAGAGAGGUUCUUAGAUGAUGGCGUCACUCCUCUACAGAAGUACUAUGAUGAAAUGAAGACCCAGUUCAAUAUGCCUUCAAAAAAUUUGCUUGGUUAUGAAAAGAAAGAAUUCAGGAAACAAGUCCAGAUGAUCAGGAGGGCCCAUGAAAAGGAAAUUGACCAGGUAAAGAACAUGGCUGCUAUCAAAGCUAGAGAGAUCAUCUCUGUUGUCAUUGAUACAGCAAAUAAGACAGUCAAGAAAGAAAUGACUAAUAUCAUCAAACAGUUCAACCAAAUGGGUAAAGAUCUAUAUGAUAGAGAACAAAGGGUAAUUAUGAGGGAUACGAUGGUUGCCGACCAGGAAAAGACUAUCCAGGAUCUUAAAAUCUGCCUCUUCCAAUCUUGUAGGCAGCAACAGCUAGAAAAGGAAGAACUUGAUAAACUUAUGAGGUAUCUUAAUGCAGAAUUGCCAGAUAGGGAGAACAAUAUUAGAGAUCUUAUAAAAGGGUUUAUGAAUAUGGAUAAAUCAAUAGACACUCUAAUUGAGAAGGAAGCUUAUAUGCAGAACCCAUUCGGAUUCUAUACCUCCUACAUCUACACCUCUCUCAGUGAUAGGAGAAGCAUCCUAAGAGGAGAUGUCAUGAACUACUACCAGUCCUGUAUUGAUGAGCUUAAGCGAAGAGUUCAGUUCAAAGAAAAGGAAGUUGAGCAUUCUAUUGAGAUGAACAAUGACUACAUGAUCCAGAUCAACCAGAUGUCAGAUAAAUGCGAGGAACUAAAAAGCAUUAUUGGAGACCUAAAGAAAGACCUUGAACAUAACAAGAAUAGGUAUGAGAAGACUAUUAAUGAUAUGGCCACAGAUUUUGAGAAAAAGAAAAUUCAGCUCAAGAAGGAGUCUGAUAGUGGCAUUCAAGUCUUGAUGACCGAGCUUAAAAUCCGUGAAAUAAUACAAUUUGAAAUGCAAAAGACAGAAACUGAGCUAAAAGAUGAAAUUGUGUCACUUAAAAAGAUCCUCAUGGUUCCCAGACUUCACUAUAAGUAUAUGGAGAAAAUGAAUCUUGACGAAUGGAAGAAGGAAUAUGAGAAGAUUCUAAAUGUUGACAAGGAGCCAGAACCAAGCUUAAAGUUUCCUAAAUCUACCAAAAACACUUACAGGUCAUUACCUAGAUACAAAAGGUUUAGCAAUGACAACCGAAUUCCUCAGAUAUCCGAUCUUAAAGGAGGGAAAUUUGAUGUGUCUAAUAAGAAUUUGAAGCUGAAGAAGCUUGUAGCUGGAUCUGGUCAUAAGAAUUCUCCAAAAAGAAACUCUGAUUUCUUGCCAGAUAUUCUUAAUACAACUACUGAUGCAGGUACAACUACUCUACAGUCAGUGAGAUAUGAGAGGAGCUCUCCCUCUAUUGAUAUUAAUUCGAUCAUGAACACAUCAGUGAUGGUUCAUAAUUUGGAGAAGAAAAGAAUGAGAGCAAAUUACUCGAAUUUAAAUAUCAUGGGUCAAAAAUUUCAAUAUUUCUGUUAA